AUGAGUACGCUCCUGACUCGGUCGCAAAUGCAGGCGCUGGAUCGCCUGGCUAUCGACGAUGUUGGGCUGCCUUCGUUGGUGUUGAUGGAAGUGGCGGGUCGAGCCCUCGCCGACGCGGUCUACGAACGUUACGUCGAAGAACCCGGAUUGGUGAUCGCGGUCGCCGGCAGCGGGAACAAUGGCGGUGAUGCAGCGGUCGCCGCGCGGCAUCUCGCCGAGCGCGGUGUUCCCGUCGAAUUGGUCGUCCUCGCGGAACCGACGAAACUUUCGGCCGACCUAACCACCAACUUGGAAAUUGCGGCUCGACUCGGUCUCGAUGCGACGUAUCUCGUCGGCGAUGUUGUCGCGUCUCGGAUGCGCGCGCUCGUCGAACGUUCGACCUACGCGAUCGACGGCAUCCUCGGCACGGGCCUCUCGCGUCCGGUCGAAGGAUCGUUGGCCGAUGCGAUCGCCGCACUCGCGUUCGACGAUUUGUUUGUGGUGGCCGCCGACAUUCCAUCCGGGAUCGAUGCCGACACCGGACAAGUCCUCGGCGUGGCGGUUGAAGCCGACCUCACCGUGACGUUCCAAUUCGCAAAGCUAGGUCACGUCCUCUAUCCGGGACGCAGCUACGCCGGCGAGACGCGUGUGGUCGACAUCGGCAUUCCGACGUCGCGCGUCGCGGAUGUCGAGCCUUGGGCGGAGAUCGUCGAUGACGCCGAGAUCGAUCUCGCCGUUCCCUUGCGCGCGCCCGAUACCCACAAGGGGACCUACGGCCACUUGCUGGUCGUCGCCGGAACCCCAGAUCGUCCCGGUUCCUCGUUGUUGGCCGGACGCGCCGGGCUCUCCGUCGGGACCGGACUCGUGACGAUCGCGAGCGAUCCGCGAACAAUCGAGCGGAUCGCCGGAAGUCUAGAUGGCCUGAUGGCGCAGUCGCUGGCGUCCACCGCCGAUGCGGUGGCGGCGCUCGACGCUCGGACCGCUUUGGUCAUCGGGCCAUCGCUGCCCGCCAAAGAAGCGACGGCGAAGCUCGUGCGUGUAUUGCUCGAAGCGUCGCGGGUGCCUGUGGUUUUAGACGCGGGCGCGUUGACGGCGCUCGGUUCGGAUCUGACGUUCCUCAAGGAUCGUAGUGGCCCCGUGAUUCUCACGCCGCAUCCCGGUGAGAUGGGACGGCUGACGGGCCUCGACACCGCAGCGGUACAGGAGCGUCGCGUGUCGGUGGCCCGCGCGCUCGCGGAGGAAACACAAACCAUCGUGGUGUUGAAGGGGGCUUCGACCGUCGUGGCGAGCCCGGAUGGCCAAGUUGGCGUGGUGGUUCGAGGCAACGCUGGUAUGGCGACCGGCGGGAUGGGGGACGUAUUGAGCGGCCUCAUUGGCGGCCUUUUGGCGCAGGGCGUUCAUCCGGAACUCGCGGCGCGCGCGGGUGCGCAGCUCCACGCCCUCGCUGGCGAUGAGGCCGCCGUUAAGUAUGGGGAGCCCGCGCUGCAACCCAUGCACGUGAUCGACGCCGUAGGGGGUGUACUCCUCGAACGGCACGGGGGCCGGGGAUGA